CAACGAAAAAAAUAGAGAGAGUUGCGUUCUUCCACUGCAACACAUCACAAAGUCAAAAACAUACAAAGGAGUCUCCCCGCUCCCCCGCCGUCCCACGGCUUCCCCCCAACGCCGGGAGAUGGUGUCGCAACCGUCGACGCCUCCGCAUGUCACGGCCGGUGACCGUGAAGAAGAAGCAGCAUCAGGAGCAGCAGGAGAAGCGGCGGCGGCGGAGGAGGGAGGAAGGGGCACGUGGAAGCACGCCGCCUUCCACGUGGCCACCACCAUCGCUACUCCCGCUGCUUACGCUCCUCUGCCCUUCGCUCUCGCCUCUCUCGGCUGGCCUCUCGGUGUUAGUAGCCUGGUUGGUGCGACGCUGGCCACAUGGUACUCCAGUCUAUUGAUCGCGUCUCUCUGGAGAUGGAAUGGGAAGAAGCAGGUCACGUACCGUCAUCUCGCCCAGAGCAUAUUCGGUUCCUGGGGUUAUUGGUCUAUUGCAUUUUUUCAGCAGGUCGCUUCAUUGGGGAACAACAUCGCAAUUCAAAUUGCUGCCGGCAGUAGUCUUAAGGCGAUCUAUAAAUACUAUCAAAAGGACGGGACUCUGAAACUGCAGCAUUUCAUUGUUUUCUUCGGAGCCUUCGAGCUUCUCCUCUCCCAGCUCCCCGACAUCCACUCUUUGAGAUGGGUCAACGCAAUAUGCACAUUCUGCACGAUUGGUUUUGCUGGCACAACAAUUGGUGUGACAAUCUACAACGGGAAAGAAAUCGAUCGGGAAACAGUCAGUUACAGUCUGCAAGGAAGCUCCUCGUCAAAAGUGUUUAAAGCCUUCAAUGCACUCGGUGCAAUAGCAUUCUCAUUUGGGGAUGCAAUGCUUCCAGAAAUACAGCAUACCGUGAGAGAACCUGCAAGAAGGAACAUGUACAAAGGCGUGUCGGCAGCAUACACCAUAAUCUUAUUAAGCUACUGGCAAUUGGCCUUCUGUGGGUACUGGGCUUUUGGAUCAGAUGUGGAGCCUUAUAUCUUGGCUUCUCUGACAAAUCCGGAUUGGACAAUCAUCAUGGCUAAUAUUUUUGCCGUGAUUCAAAUAGCAGGAUGCUUUCAGAUAUAUUGCAGGCCAACAUACGCAUACUUUGAGGACAGAAUGCUUCAUGACAAGCACGCCUCCCCUUUCCCGUUCCGUGAUCGCCUCAUCCGUCUGAUUCUGACUUCCAUUUACAUGGUCGUGAUUACUCUCGUCGCCGCUGCAAUGCCAUUCUUCGGAGAUUUUGUGUCCGUCUGUGGUGCGGUUGGCUUUACACCGCUUGACUUUGUGUUCCCCGCCAUUGCAUUUCUAAAGGCCGGAAGAAUGCCCAAAAACUUGAAACUGCGCACUUUCAUUCGAGUCUUCAACUUGGCCGUAGCGACAUGGUUCUCCGUUGUCGCCGUCUUGGGCUGCAUUGGUGCGGUAAGGUUCAUUACAGAAGAUAUCAAGACGUACGAGUUCUUUCACGAUAUGUAAGUCGAAGUGAAAUAUAUAGAAGCAUCACACACAUUGACUUAGAAAAUUUCAUCAUUGAAAGUGAAAUAUAAUCAUAUGGAAUUCUCUUU